AUGGCUCGUCUUCUACCCUUUCUUUCUAACUUUGCCGUAGGAGUCGUGCACUUUAUCCUGGGCGACAAUGAGGGCGGCGUGCGUGCUGAAGAAAUGGCGACGCGCACCGUCGUGGUCCUCAGCGCCGCGGCUCUCACCAUCGGUACGGACGGGCUUGCCGCGCCGAUCCUGGCAGGUGUCUUGGGAGGCAUCGCUGCCGAUGGUGCCAUCACAAUCAUCGAAAGCCAGAUCCACGGACACCCACACCCCCACGGUUUCGUCGCGGCCGCACAGAAUGUCGUUUGGGCUUUCAAUCAAAGCAACUACGAUCACCUGGCCGGAGAUUUGUUCGACGUCGUUACCAUUGCCGUCAUGGACGGAUUCGUUGGUCUGAAAUCCGUGCCGAAUGCUGCCAAGAGCAGACAAACCGUGAUACAUCGAAUCGAGGGUCAGAAGGUGGUCAAGACGACGAGUGACGCAUCGCUCAGCGUAUUCUUUGCCGCCAACGACCAACGUCUUUUAAGCUACAUGGGAAGGCUCGUCACGCGAGAGAUUUCCGGCGUCAUGGAAGAUGUCGAGGUUUUGACAAAGGGAAGCAAGCCCAAGGCUGAAACGCCAUUCGUAUCCAUCAUCCGAGGCGGCAAAGUCGAGCAGGGUAAUCCUCAAGCCAAAGUCUCACUGACCGUCGGCAAUGCAAACGAGGCGUAUGGAGAGUAUGCGCAAAAUCUUAUCGAUCAGCGGGCAUAUGCCAAGCAGUUCAACGAGUUGUCGAAAGCUGCAGGUUAUGAAAGCAGAUUGACCGGAGACAGCCAUCAAAUCAAGCUCAAGUCGUUCAGGGUCAUGACACGCGACCUCGAGAAGCCGGAAAUAAAAGCCAUCACGGAACAUGCCAAGCGCGUCGAGCCUCAGGGGACGGCCAAGGUCAGCGUCAAAGGUCAUGGCCAGUUCGAGGUUGAUACUUGGCGCAUUUCCCCCAUUCUGGAAAACGUGGUCGAGGGGAGCUAUCGCGUGGAAACGCCGUGGAUUAGUCGCUUGCCGACAAAGGUCCUCGAACUGAUUCGAGAUCACCCUCAGGCCUUUGGAAAAGUCCGAUCGUUCCACUACACGAAAACCCUCGUCGAUGGCUUCAGCCACAUAAGCCCCAUCAAUCUUCACAACAUAACACAUGAAGAGAUCCACAUGGAAGAGGUCGCCGUCGAUGGACUACUGCACUGCCGGCAUGUGAAGGCGGUGGCGCGGUCUCUGAACUCGACCUGGAUCGAUUGGACCGAGCACUACGAAUACCUGGUCAAGUACACCGACGGCAGUACGGAGUGGGUGCCGGCAGACCUCAUCGCCGAGGACCUCCGAAAGGAAUACCAAGCUCGUGUGAUGAAAUCUGCCAGGGAAAUACAGUCGUUGGAAGAGACGACGCAAGGUGGCAUGAUGAAGGUCUUAUACACGGACGGAACCGAGGGGAAAGUGCACUCGAACCAGCUGUUCUGGCAGGAAAUCGACAAGCUGGAGCAUGAGCUUGACCCUCGCGAGGUUGAUGCCAUCCUCUAUCACAUGCAGAGGCAGGAAAACCAAGUCAGCCUUCAGGUCCCCGUCGACCCUAGAAGCAAAUUUCCCUUGAAGGCCGGGGUCGGCGCCGUGCCGUAUGUCAACCAGGACCAUUUUGAGCAACCGGCACCCAUCUAUCUCGGCUGGGCUCGCGACUUUGACGGAGGCGUCUUUCCUUGCAUGGUCGACCCCGACAAAUACCGAGGUUGUGCGCUUGUUUACAACAACGAGGUUGUCGUUCAUCAAGGCAAGUAUGAAAUUUUACCAUUCGACGAAACGAGAAUGGAGUUUCAGAAAUCAGUACAUGGCCUCGUGCCUCGAGGCUAUCACGCAAUCGUUGGCGGCUACGACAAAGACCACAAGGUUCAAUACCAUUGCAUAGCCAGAUGGAAAGACAGAUGGAUGAUCGGAAGGGCGGGGCCGCAACUGGUUCGAUGCCCUCUUCUCCCCUUUUGUGCCGAAGUGGAAGCUGAUGAUGUUGUAGAACGGAGCGACGAUGCCGUACAUAUCUACGGUGCGCAACAGCACCGAAUGCGACAUGCUGGUUUGGAAGAACCACUAAGAUGCGUAAAGGGGAAGCCGCGGAAGAGUGUGGGUGGUAGAGGUGGGCCGGAACGGCGUAGCUACCAGGUAGCUGGCGAUGGGUAA